AUGGCUUCAUUUGCGACCCCCGUUGACGUGUCUGUCCUGGUGUCAGUUGCUUCUGAUAAAGGGGCAGACGAUAAGCCGUCGUUUGCAACCGAACGUCGAGUGACUCCAUCAUGGACUGUUUUACAGUUGAAGGCAAAGCUCGAGACUAUGACUGGUAUUCCUCCAAGCAGUCAAAGACUGAGGCUAAAGUCUCCAGGACAUGAAUACCAGUGGAUGGACGAAGAUGACCAAGCGAUUGGAAGGUGGAGCAUUGGAAAAGGAUGUGAAAUCGAGGUCCACGACCAGCGCCCUGUCGCUGCGCGUCCAAAUUACACCGAUGUCUCAACUACUGAGAAAUUUGAACUACCAGACUCGACUUACGAGUCACUGCCAAAUAGCGUUCUCGCAUGGAAGAAAGCCCAGAAACUUGGGCGUUUUGACCCAAACGCGACCACUCCAGAAGAAAUAGCGAGGGAACAGGUGCAGAAGGAUACUAAUGAGAUAAAAACCAAAGGAAUUAAAAUUUCCGAACGAGUAAUCAUACUCCCAUCAACCCCGCCACACGUCCGUAGAGGCACGGUCAAGUUUGUUGGCCCGGUUCCUGCCAUCCCGUCUCCGUUGAGCAAAUCUCACUCGGGGGAAAUCCCCAAAGACUUAGCGCCAAUCUGGGUUGGUGUCGAGCUUGAUGAGCCCACUGGCAAAAAUGACGGUAGCGUGAAUGGAGAGAGGUAUUUCACAUGCCUGAAAAACUGUGGUGUAUUCGUUAAGCCUGAGAAACUUGAUGUGGGCGAUUAUCCACCGCUGGGGUUGGAUUUGGACGAUGACAUGGAAGAAAUUUGA